CACACAAGUGAUAUAAAGUUCACACAGAGUUUAGGAUGAAUAAUUAUUAUUAGGUUACUUCUGCAGUGGCUUUGUAGAACGGAUAAGAAAAAAAUAUAUAUAUAGAUAUAUAUAAAUAUAAAUAUAUUAUUUAUAAAUAAAUAAAAUGAAUUGUAAAUUUAUUCGUGACUUAUAUCAUGACCCUCCUGGUACUCACAAAAAAACCCGAGCAGUUGUUGGAUUUUUUUUUGGAUUUUCCUUGGCUGUCUUUUUUUACGUCGCUGUAAUACUCGACUUGGGGUUUCAACCCUACACUACUUUUGCACUGGGCUCUAUUAUUGUUACGAUGAUGUCAGUUGGAUGUGCGUUUUCUAUACAAAUAAGAUGCAUUUGUCUUUUGAUGAUUCCGUCAUUCUUAGGACGCACUGGUCGAGGUGUACUAAAAACUCUUGUAAUAGCCUACCUAAUUACUGGUCCAAUAUUUAAUUUAACUUAUAAUGCCAAAGAAAUUGUCCGCACAUUUGCUUGCACAUCGGAGCUACAUUAUAAUUUGACUAAAAUGCGAGUUAAUUUAAUGUUCGAACCUUUCAAACAAGUAAUGCUGGGAAUGGAGGAAAAUAAAGCCAACAUGAAAGUCGUAUCAGACUCGGUUAAAAAAUUAAUGUUGCCGUUUGUUGAAGAAAUAGAAGGUAAAGAAGCGAUGAAGAAAUUUAGUGAAGAAAAUGAUUACAUUGACGAAGAGACUAAAAAAGUUAAAGAUAAACGCAGAAAAAAACGCUAUAAAUUAGUGCUUGAUACUAAUCGGAUUUUUAAAAGAAAUAGUACGACUGCUAAUGAAACAGAGGAUUCUGUGAAGACGGCGGCGUAUUACGAGGCUAAGUAUCGAGAAAAACUUAAGAGCAAAUGUGAAGACCAGCUCACCAAGGGCUCUGACAGAUGCCGAUAUAUGUUUGAAAAGUCUUAUAACCAGUGUUACGACGCCGUUACAUGGGCUGGCGCUUGGCUUCUGUGCUGGCCAAUGAAACUUGACUUUGCUUGUCAAGUUGUCGAGUCCCUGGGGGGUGCUAACAUAUGUAAUCCUGAUGGUAAUAUCGAAGCUGGAGUUGGCGAUGGAUAUUACGGUUUAAAAGAGUCACAAAAAUAUCUGGAAAACAGUUCCAAAGACGCUCAACUACAGUACAAAAUUGAUUUAGUAAAUUCUUCAGAGCUCGUUGGAUUACGCGAUGCCAGCGAUACUGCCAAGUCAGUUCUCCACGAGUUUACAUAUCGCCGUGAUUUAUUUUUAUCAAUAAUGACGAUAAUAAAACGUUGCUUGGCAUUUAUCGUUCUCAAUAUUGUUCGAAGUGCUCAAAAGUAUCACGAUAAAUAUCUCAUGAAUAUCGAGCACGACAAUCGUUACAUUACAACAUUUUUCAAAGAAUUAGAUGCAAGACGUACGCUCAAAGGCACUCCAACUCUAUUGCCACUCAGAAAAGUUGAACGCUCACGAUACAUUGAUCCGUAUUCUAUGAAAUUAAUCCGUCGCGAACGGAUGAAUUUAAUUGGCCAGACUUUGAAAUUAAUAUUUCAAGUUUUUACCGCCUCUACUUUUAUUAUUCUUGAUUAUCUUUUGUACAUUACUCUAUUUCUUGUUCACAAACAUGGAAAAAUUGAUAUUACUCAGGAAGGUGAUCAUAAUUUACAUGUAACCGUUCGCGGCGUAGGAUUAAUAGCCACAUUAAUGCGCAAUAUUCUUAACCGAUUUAAUGUUAAAAGACGAGCAAAAGUAUCGGUAUCUAACAUCGAAUGUCUUCCACAUCCUCGUAAACUUCAAAGCUAUAUUUUAUAUAAAAUAUACGUUACCUAUUUAAUAAUAUGGAUUUUAGUAUUUAUCGACGGUUAUAUUAAAAGAUUAAGAUCUAAAAUGUGUUCAUUUUUUUAUCCACAACAUGAGGAGCGACGUAUUCUUUACUUGUACACUGAGAUCCAGAGACGAAGAUUGCGCUUCAAUGAAUUCAAACGAAGUCGAAUAAGAGUUUUGGUCAGGGAACAAUUAUUGGAACGUAAUGUCGAUUUGUGGUUGAUAUUGAGAACCGACUAUCCACGUUGGUUCGGUUGGAUCCGAUGGUUCGCUUUCGGGCGGCCGCGUUGUCUUCUUUGCAACGAAACGGAGCCAAGAAGAAAAUCAAAUUUUCACAAAUGCGCGACCGAAGUUUGUCCAUUUUUUUACUGCAGCGACUGCUGGAGAGACAUCGGAGAAAUAUGUUACGCAUGCACGCCAGAUUAUUUGGACAGCAAUGACGAGUCGGAUGUUUUAGAUUCGGACGAAGAAAACGCGAGGAUCAAUGCGGCUUCUGAUGAAUCUUAUUUCUGGCACCAUUGCGUGAUUUCUUAAUAAAAAAAAUUGAUGUUAUCUAAGACAUUAUAUAAACUAUAAGACAAUAUUAUAAAGUGGAUCUAAUAAAAGGGUUAAAACAUGCGCCGGAUAAAUCGUGCAUCAUCAUUGUAUCCGAUAGCCACUAGCACGUGCAUUUCAUUACACCGCAUUGGAGU